AUGCUGAAGUACGUGGUGACGGAUAUUGGGAAGAUGUGUUUGUACAUUUGGCCUUAUAGAGUGUGGUCGUGGCGGAGGUUGUUUAUCUUUCGAGUACUGAAUGUUGUCAGUAUAGCUAUCCUAUUUGAAACUCCCCAUCGUCUUGCUCUUGUUCCCAAUGUUUGUUUAUACACUCAUAUGGCUAUACCCUUAUCUACUUGCCUCUUUUGUUUAUGUCUAUGUAUUUGUAUAAAAUAUGAUAUUACUCAGACUCAAGCAAACAAUCAAUUCUUAGCAUCAUUCUUUGUUCUUAUCUUAACCAUAAACGAUCUUGAUGUGACUUUUGUAAUUUGA